AGUACAAUUCGGAACGGUUCUCAUACUUGGGCUACUUCAAGCCUUCGACUUUCAGCCUUCAACGCUCAAACUUAUUUCUAGAUUUUCCUAAACCGAAGAAACUCGAGGUUGAAAAUGCCGCUUAUAGUAAAAUCGCGUUUCGGUCGGUCUCCGAGACACUUAGACACGCUCAAUCUUUCAGCAAUAGAUGGCGAGGACCAAUUGCGAUGGAGAGCCUCUUCCGAGAAUUCUAGCCACGGCUAUAAUCGAUACUAUCUCAACGGAAUGACGCGCCGCCCGGCCCUUCCACGCUCCUGGGCAAAACUUCCUCUCGGUGCUCGGCGGUGCUAUGACUGGUCGGUUCGAAUGCAUUAUACGAUGGUCACCUGCGUUUUGGUUUUAUUGGUUGGGACCAUCCAAAGUUAUUUACCCUUGGCACUUGACAGGUCAUACAAUCGUAGGCCUUCUGCGUGUUUUCUUGUUUUACUUCCUUCCCUAGAAUCUUCAGUCAUUAAUGGAUUCGACUACCUCGCAAUGAGCAUUCGGGUUAACCUAUUUACAAAGCUGCAGGCGUUUACUAGCGGGGUUUAGCGUUUGGGCUAGAAUGUUCAUUGGCGGGCAUUAGAUUUUACCGAGCGACGAAUAGUCGGACCAAUGAAGUAGGGCAAGGCAGGCAGAUGAAGGAGGCAGGCUAAUGCAGGCAGGUUACGGCAGGAAGAUAAAGGAGGUAGGUCAAGGCAGACAAGUGAAAAGUCUACUCUAAGAAGCUCUGGAUAAUGAUCGAC